AGCCCGCUGCUGCGGCGGCGGCGGCUUUCGAAAGGGCGACGCAGCUGCUGCUGCGGCGGCAACAGCCAGCCAUGGAACGUCGCGCGGUCGACGGCGCGGGCCCCGGGUGCAGCGACGAGGAGCCCGGUGCUCGCCGGUUCGUCGCGGGACGAGCGAGGCAGCGCGCCGUGCGCAAAGCGGUCGCGCUGCUGGCCUUCCUCGCCGCCUGCUGCGCACUGUCCCGACUCAAGACGCUCACGCCUGAGACCAGCGGCUUUGCGACAGGCCGUCGUCUGCUCUCAACCGGGGAAGCGGCGGAAGCAGACGACGUUCUGGUCCCACUUUCACAGGAACCGGACGUCGCGCUGGCGCCCAAGAGACACGUAAACCCGCUUUCCAAACGAGCCUCGCACGCCGAAAGCUCAAGCGCUAACGGAGAUAAAACACCAACGAGAGAAGGUGACGAACCGAAGCCCAAAACAUCGGCUGGAGGCAAUGGAGGCAAAGGAAAGCCAAGAGACAAAAACGGAGACGAUGAUGCAAGCAAUGGCAAAGGAAAACAGACAAAUUCGCAGCUCCCUGGUGAAGGAACAGCGAGCGAGACGGGCGGACCGCAGGUAGAACCCGGAACGCCGGAAGGCACGGACAAAGGCGGCGAACAGGGACCGAAAAAGGAAAAAGCCUCGGGAAAGCAGAGGACGCCGAAGGAGGAAGAUAAUGAGGGAGCAAAGGAAGAAAAGCCGAAAGGCGAGUCCGAGAAGCCGGGUCAAGACAAGCCGAGAGCAGACGAAAAGCCGCCAGAAGGAUCGGGCAAGAAGACUGGAGCAAAGUCACAGCAGGCUUCCAAGGGACAGCCGCCGAGCGAGGACAAAGAAAAGGACAAAGAGCCCGGGACCAAGCUGAAGCAAGACAAUGAGCAAAAGCCAACAAAAGCAGACGGCAACAAGGAAAACGGGGAAAAAGCAAAAUCCAAGGACGAAUCGCCGCAGACGGACCAAGAGUCGAAGUCGAAGGCAGAUCAAGGAUCGAAGACGGAUACGCAUCGAGGGUCGAAGCCGAAAUCAAAGACAAGCGACAAGUCCACGUCGGGAGAAGAAACGGCUUCAAAGUCCAGAGGGGAACCGCAGCCGAAAGAGGGAGACAAACCUAUCCAGGAAAACGAAAAACCCAGGGAAGGUGGCUCCGAAGGAGAGGAACCGAAACCUCAGGGGGAAGAGACCAACCCCAGCAGCAACGCUUCCAAGAACGCUACAAAGGCGGCCGAAGGCGAGGGAGACAGGCGGAAGAACAAAACAAAAGGCGAAGAGGCGGAUGACGUAUACUGCACUAGACCUGCGUACCACGAGUUCCCGCCGGACCUGUUCUCGCACGAUGCCCGCGCCAAGGGCGGCGUGGUCGUCCACAUCCUGGUCGUGCUCUACAUGUUCUACGCGCUGGCCGUGGUCUGCGACGACUACUUCAUCGCUUCCCUCGAGGAGUGCUGCGCCCGGCUGAACCUGUCGGAGGACGUGGCCGGGGCGACCUUCAUGGCAGCGGGCAGCUCGGCGCCCGAGCUCUUCACCGCCAUCCUCGGAGUCCUUAUUGCAAAGGGAGAUGUAGGCACUGGCACCAUCGUCGGCUCAGCUGUGUUCAACGUGCUCUUCGUCAUCGGGCUAUGCGGAAUCUGCGCCGGAAAGGAGGUUCCGGUGACCUGGUGGCCCCUGUUCCGGGACUCCAUCUUCUACGCGUUCACCGUGGUCAUCCUGAUCCUGGUGAUCUACGAUGGUAAGGUCACAUGGUACGACUCCCUCUUCAUGCUGCUCCUGUACGCUGUCUACAUCGACAUCAUGAAGUACAACAAGAGGAUCCACCUAUGGGUGGCCGCCGCAUUUGGCAUCCACGAGGAAGAACAGACUUCGCUCAGCCUUACAUCUGCAGGCUACGAUGGCAAAAACUACAGCUCCUACGUGCCAUUCAACAAUGAAAUUGACGACUUCGCCCAGCAAAAUGCUGCAAGAAACGCACGGCCCCUGGAUGAAGUGAUCAGAGAUAGCCGGAGAAGGCCCACUUUGUACGAAGCAGCGCUACGAAUGCUCAUGACCCGAUACUUCCGCCCCAAAACCCGUUUCUGGGCGGCAGCAAAGAGGAUCACCCACGAGCACAAGCGCAUUUGCCGUGGGGAGAUCCAGCACUUACCUUCCCAGACCUCUCUCGACCCCAACGACAUGGUCCGACGUGGCAAGAGUUCCAGCGUCGAUGUUGCUCUGUCAACAGAGGCUGACUGGAAAAGAGUUCCCUCACUGAGGGAGGGCCCCUGGGCGCUGCUCAAGUGGGUGGUGCAGGCGCCCCUGUUGGCAACGCUGCACUACACGGUGCCGGAUUGCCGGACUGCGACCGGCAAGCGGCUCUUCAUGCUCAGCUUCACUAUGUCCAUCUUCUGGACGGCAGCCUUCUCCUACGUCAUGGUCUGGAUGGUGACCCUCAUUGGCUACACAAUGGGGAUCCCGGACACGAUAAUGGGCAUCACAUUCUUGGCAGCAGGUACGAGCAUACCUGACGCCUAUGCCAGCCUGCUGGUCUCCCGACAAGGUCAAGGAGACAUGGCCAUAGCAAACAGUAUUGGAAGCAACGUCUUCGACAUUCUAAUAGGUCUAGCACUGCCAUGGCUGAUUCAGACAGGGAUGGUCAAACCUGGGUCACUUGCUUACAUCAACAGCGGGGGCCUGGUGUGGUCAGUCGUCUUGCUAUUCCUUACCAUCAUCAUUACAGUUUACGCCAUCCACCGGAGCCACUGGCUGCUCACCAAGAAGCUGGGCGUGUUCCUCAUGGUGGUGUACGUCAUCUUCCUCGUCGUCUGCAGCGCGGUCGAGUUCAACCUGCUGGGAUACGUGAACCCACCGAUGUGCGUCGAGUGAGCUACAACUCACGGCCCCUUUGCAAAGUCUCCCUAGCGUGGGGAUAUUCUAGUCGGCCGAUGUUCAUCACAGGGAACAAUUCCCGGUGCACACGCGCACAUGCAUACUGCAAUGCUGGGUGAAUGCAGGGAAAUGAUCGACAAUGCUGGAAAAAGGGGGAAAAGGAGCCCUCUGGACUUCUUUUGCGUCAUCAGUGUUGAGCUACAAGAUAGGGCUGACACCUUUGUUAAGGCUAAACAACGGCUUUUGGAAGUGAGGACAGCAGAGAGAUGCAAUACUUAAAUGCACUGUUGUUGAACACACAUUUAAAGGGGCCCUGAAAUGCUUUUUAAACACAGUACGAAACCAAUGCUAAUCUGUACCAGAGGCUCCUGUGAACAUGUGAUCAGAAUGUUGUUGCACUGCACGCAGCAGGAAAUUGACAAUCUCAUGUCGAAAAGUGUGAAAAAUCGCUUGCUCUCACUUCCGUGGUGUCGUCAUGCAGCGUUAUCGCAAACAGCUGGACCCACCAAUAGCUGUUGGCUGAUGUCACGAUCGUGAGAAAAUUCUUGAUAAUACAUAGUAAUUGCUAAUUGUGAGUUAAAUAAGUGAAAAAUAUAUACGCCUGCAAUCUCAAAAAGACAAAAAUAAUUUAAUCUUUGCACUGCCAGUCUAUACAUGAAAGUUGCACAUAGCUACGCGCUGCGUAGCGUAGUCUACUGCAGCCUCCAUGGGGUGCUGUGACAAGCCCUUUCACCGUAUUUCACUAUCAAGGCACUCAACUUUCAGGCUGGGCUUUGCAGCCCCCCCCCCCCCCCCCCUAGCUACUCCCCUGUGUAGUUCCCAGUGCGCUAGCUGGGACAAAAGAGAGAGAAAGCCACUUAUUGGUGCAAUACCUCCACCUAUACUUCAUGGGUUUGAAAAAAAUUUGCAGCAUGAGGUUUGUGACACAGCGUCCUUUAAUAGUGAUGCCAUUUUAGGAUUAGUUAUGAAAGUGCUUCAGGGCCCCUUUAAAUAGCACAAGAAGCAAAAGUAGUUAUAAAUUUUAUACAUCCAGAAAAUGCAGCGCUUUUGUACGAUUCAAUUUUCUUUAUUUAAGCACAGAUAAUAAAGAAGUAACAUUAUAUUGGACGCUAUAUGCCAUGUAGGCUAGCCAUAUCUACUGCAAAAUGUGGACAUCAGUAUGUAACAAACAAUUUUUGCACUAUCAACACAGUGUGUUAAACCUCCAAAGCAUAAAUCAACCAGACAAUAGUGCACUAUAACUUUUCCACCAGUGGUCAUUCCUGUGAUGUGAUAUCUCAGCUUUUUGUCCAGGGAGCUAGGUGCCAGUCACAACGUUGAACUGGUAACUAGCGACAUCUGAAAAGACAAACACUGUGUUGGUUGAAAACCAAACAGGUGGUAGCCAUAGUGCAGUAUAAUCUCAAUUAUAUAAAUUUCUCAGGACCUCCUAAAAUAUUUGUAUCAUCCAAAACUCACACAAUUCAUAACAAAUUAUAGCCAUAGCACGAAAGUGAGGAUAAGACAGUCUCGUUUAAUUGCAGUGACUACUUUUGGUUAAAGAAGUUUGAUGGUGUUGUGGACCAGUCUUUCAUUGAUGCUGUUGAGGAACCAUUUCUGGCAUGUGUACAACGUUGUAGUAUCACUCAUUCUUUCGCCUUCGUUGCCAGCACUCAAUGUCACAGUGAACGCUCUUCAAGUGCACGGGUAUUUGCCAGGAUCGUGAAAGACCAAUAUUUCGCACGCUGAUUUCGCAACUGUACACUGCAGCCAUACUUCCACAACUGGGAGAGACGUAUGGUGGCAUGAAAAUCUAUGUCAUCUACCACAGCCCAAAAGAAUGCUUCAGUCAUCCUGAAACAUGCCGCGUUGUAUUUAAUGCAUUCGGCUCGAAACGUUUUUGAAAUAUGAAUCGCCCAUAAAAUCAGAUCAAUCGCAAUUGUAUCUUUGAGAUUCAGCUGUACAAGAUAGUCUGAACCAAGCCAUCGCAGAUGAGAUUACAUGCAAGGGCCGCAGUGCAAGUGCUAGCACAUACCCUGCGUUAAGCUCUCGACUUGGUCACUGUCUUCACUGCACGCUAAACUUUUAAGUGGAAACACGAAAACUUGCCUUAAGUUCAGCGUGACUAGAAAUGCACAGAGCUAAAUUUCCAUAUGACUGUUGUUAACCAGAAAGACCACCAAGGACAUGUUCUUCAGUAGGGAGGAAAAUUAAUUGUGGAGCAGGUCCAAGGAUGAGGCUUAUGUGUACAAAGGGUUUUCAGCAAGAAUUGUCAGGGGUUAAAGACUUUGUUGGACUGUAGUCGAGCGAUGCAAGCUAUUGGUGUGUACCAACGGUUUACAUAUGACACCAUACGUGUGCCCACCAAGAGGGUGUGGAGGGGUUGAGGGACAAAGGAGGCAAUGGCCAUACCUGGCUUGCUGAGUUGGGGCCGCUAGUCUGUCUCGUAACCUUUGGCAUCCUGUGCACGCGCAAGAUGCCAAAGGGGUGCCACACACUUUAGUGAACCUAAAGAGUGGGGAAUAGCUCCGCAAGAUUUGCUUCCCUUCACUUUUGAUCAAAUCAUCCACAAUGGCUGUUUGGAAGGUUUGGCAGCUUUGUGGCUAGCCGAUAUGGAGCAAACAUGAGAGGGCCAUGGGGGCACUUAUGGCAACGAGACAGCCAGUGCUGCAGGGAGGUUUGGGCCCUAUAAUAAUGGGUACCUCCAGCUUCGCGCAUCCAUGCAUGGUGUAUCGUUCUUGCUUUUACAGUCACAGAAAUUUUUCUGAAUUUAGUACUCGUGUCAGUCAUGCUAGGAUAGUAUGUGCAAGUGAUAAAUGAAAAUGGUAUUUUCUAAAAGCUUUUUCCAACGAGCUUUUUCCAACGUUUUAAACAGCACUUAUUGGUUCAAGCUGUUGCUCCACCUGAAAUAUUGUUGUGCAAGGUUCAUGCAAUAUCUUUGCCAAACUGAGGUUGCCGUGUUCUGGGCCGCAACAAAGUCUUUCACUCCUCUCUGGAAGCUAUUCCCACUCACCACACAUGCUUCCAGAGGGCACUUUUACUGUGUGUUUGCGCAGUUCAACCCCGUAUGUAGACUUGUAUGAAGAAGUUGUGAACGCUAUACGUGAGUGUUAUAUAUACAUAGUGCUAUUCAUACAUGCUUGUUGACUUCAGCCAAGUAUUUUUUUUUUGCCCAGUGAGAAUAGAUUAAGUAUAAGGGUUCAUUCACUGUUGCCGAUUCAUGUUAAUCGUGCUCUAGCUUUCUUCUUGGGGACUUCAUAAUGGACUGCUAACGUGUGUGCAUGUGCGUGUGUAUUGAGCUAGGUGUUGUGCUGUUGUUGUACAUGUGUAUUUCAACCAUGGAAACAGAGAUGCUCUUUAUUUGUCGACCUCCUAGUGAAAGACAGGGACACAUCCAAGCUACCUUCAAAUACAGCAUUGUGUUUCCACUGGUAUAUAACAUAUAUGUAUUCUCCAGGCUUUAAAGAAAGACAUCGCAAUUGCUAACAAACUUCAUUAGAGUCCACCAAUUCUGUUAGGUUGUCCUGUACCUAGA